CAGGUUGACAGAUGGUACACACCUUUAAUCCCAGCACGAGGAUGGAUCUUUGAGUGAGGCCAGCCUGCUACUGUGUUUUUCAGUUGUAGAUUCACCUUUUUGAAUAACUUUGUUAAACAAAACAGCAAAUAGUUCUAAGUACUAAAAAAGAACCAACAAAAUAAAACAAAAACCAAAACCUUGUGAUCAUUAUAUUUUUUUUCAACUUUCAGCUUUUGACUUUUAGGUGGUGUACUGAGGAUGGAACUCGGCCUUUGACAUACCAGGCAAAAGCACACUAAGCUUCAGUGUGCUUCAUCUCUAGCCCAGCUUCAGAUUUUGUAAGAGUGUGGUCAAAGUAGAUGGUGUUGGAACUCUUGACUAAAUUUUCUUUUUCUUACCAGGGUCAGUUGCUUCCAUUUCUGCAUGGACAGUGAGUAAGGGUUUUGCAGGAUUAUCUUUUUAAAUUGUGAAAUAAAACUUUUGUAUAUAUAACCUGUUUGAAAAAAAUAGAAUGAGAUUAGAUAACAUCUAAUAAAUACCGAGAAAUACCUUCCUCUUACACUCUUAAUACUUUUUUGUUUAGGGCAGACUAAUGCUACAUGAACAGGCCUUCAGCAUUUGAAGAGAACUGUUACAGAUCUUCUGAGUUGGAAAGCUUGAUGAUUAUCAGGAACGAAUGAACAAAGGGGAAAGGCUCAAUCAAGAUCAGCUGGAUGCUGUAUCUAAGUACCAGGAAGUCACAAAUAAUUUGGAAUUUGCAAAGGAAUUACAGAGGAGUUUCAUGGCACUAAGUCAGGAUAUUCAGAAAACCAUAAAGAAGACUGCACGUCGGGAGCAGCUUAUGAGAGAAGAAGCAGAGCAGAAGCGCUUAAAAACUGUUCUUGAGUUACAGUACGUACUGGAUAAACUGGGAGAUGAUGAAGUCAGAACAGAUCUGAAACAAGGUUUGAACGGAGUGCCAAUAUUGUCUGAAGAAGAACUGUCAUUAUUAGAUGAAUUCUACAAGUUAGUAGACCCCGAGCGGGACAUGAGUUUAAGGUUAAAUGAGCAGUACGAACAUGCCUCUAUUCACUUGUGGGACUUGCUGGAAGGGAAAGAGAAGCCUGUAUGUGGAACAACCUAUAAAUUACUAAAAGAAAUUGUUGAGCGUGUUUUUCAGUCAAGCUACUUUGACAGCUCUCACAGUCAUCAGAAUGGGCUGUGUGAGGAGGAAGAGGCAACCUCAGCACCUACAGUGGAAGACCAGGUAGCUGAAGCAGAACCUGAGCCAACAGAAGAAUACACGGAGCAAAGUGAGGUUGAAUCAACAGAGUAUGUCAAUAGACAAUUCAUGGCAGAAACACAGUUCACCAGUGGUGAGAAGGAGCAAGUAGAUGAGUGGGCAGUUGAAACAGUUGAGGUGGUAAACUCACUCCAGCAGCAGCCUCAGGCUGCAUCUCCGUCAGUACCAGAACCCCACUCUUUGACCCCAGUGGCUCAGUCAGAUCCACUUGUGAGACGGCAGCGAGUUCAAGAUCUAAUGGCCCAAAUGCAGGGACCCUAUAAUUUCAUACAGGAUUCAAUGUUGGAUUUUGAAAAUCAGACGCUUGAUCCUGCCAUAGUUUCUGCACAACCUAUGAACCCUACCCAAAACAUGGAAAUGCCUCAGCUUGUUUGCCCUCCGGUUCAUUCUGAAUCUAGACUUGCCCAACCUAAUCAAGUUCCUGUACAACCAGAAGCCACACAGGUUCCUUUGGUUUCGUCCACAAGUGAGGGGUAUACAGCGUCUCAACCCUUGUACCAACCUUCGCAUGCUACAGAGCAGCGGCCACAAAAGGAGCCAAUGGAUCAGAUUCAGGCAGCAAUAUCUCUAAAUACAGACCAGACUACAGCAGCAUCAUCCCUUCCGGCUGCUUCUCAGCCUCAAGUGUUCCAGACUGGGACAAGUAAACCCUUGCAUAGCAGCGGAAUAAAUGUAAAUGCGGCUCCAUUCCAAUCCAUGCAAACGGUGUUCAAUAUGAAUGCCCCAGUUCCUCCUGUUAAUGAACCAGAAACCUUGAAACAACAGAAUCAGUACCAGGCUAGUUACAAUCAGAGUUUUCCCAGUCAGCCUCACCAAGUGGAGCAAACAGAGCUUCAGCAAGAUCAACUGCAAACGGUGGUUGGCACUUACCAUGCUUCCCAGGACCAGCCCCAUCAAGUGCCUGGCAACCACCAGCAGCCCCCCCAGCAGAACUCUGGCUUUCCACGUAGCAGUCAGCCUUACUACAACAGUCGUGGAGUGUCCCGAGGAGGAUCUCGUGGUGCCAGAGGCUUAAUGAAUGGAUACAGGGGCCCUGCCAAUGGAUUUAGAGGAGGAUAUGAUGGUUACCGCCCUUCGUUCUCAAACACUCCAAACAGUGGUUAUACACAAUCUCAGUUCAGUGCUCCCCGGGACUACUCUGGCUACCAGCGGGAUGGAUAUCAGCAGAAUUUCAAGCGAGGCUCUGGGCAGAGUGGACCACGGGGAGCCCCACGAGGUCGUGGAGGGCCCCCAAGACCCAACAGAGGGAUGCCGCAAAUGAACACUCAGCAAGUGAAUUAAUGUGAUUCACAGGAUUAUGUUUAAUCGCCAAAAAAACACUGGCCAGUGUACCAUAAUAUGUUACCAGAAGAGUUAUUAUCUAUUUGUUCUCCCUUUCAGGAAACUGAUUGUAAAGGGACUGUUCAUCCCAUAAAGACAGGACUACAGUUGUCAGCUUUAUAUUACCUGGAUAUGGAAGGAAACAAUUUCUACUCUGCAUGUUCUGUCCUAAGUGUCAUCUUGAGCCUUGCACACGAUACUCAGAUUUCUCACCCUUGCUUAGGAGUAAAACAUUAUAUUCUUAUGGGGUGAUAAUAUCUCCACAGUUAUUUGAAGUGGCUUGGGGGAAAAAAGCAAGUUUGACUUUCUGAUAUUGGAUAAAAUGUACAAUCAGCCCUAGAAUUAGUCAAUGGUAAUCGACAAAGUUAAAGCAUUUUCCUUGAAAGGAAGAUGAAAGGAGUGGAGUGUGGUUUGGCAAAGCAACUACAUUUCACAGCUUUUCCCGUUAAACUGGAGCGCCGACUGAUUAAAAGUAUACCAAAUUAUGCUUGGGUCCUGAAUCACACAAGUGAGGCUGUCUACCAGCCGUCUUGCAGCACUAGUCAUCUGGCCAGACGACUGGGAUUAAAAACACAUGUCAAUUACUUUUCAGUAGUGGAUAUGUUAUAAGACAAAGCCAAAAUGCAAAUAAGGCUUAGAGUGGCUCUUCUGGAAAAAUA